AUGACGGCCGUCCCUGCCAUCUCCCUGGCCAGCGCAGGCCUCUGCUCUCUCUUGUCUCCUGCCUCCAUCUCCCUCGCCCCUCGACACCAUGGCCCCCUCCUUGCUCUGGCGCCGCAAAUCGUCUACGCCUCGCUUCCCAGUCAUGCCUCUCACGUCCCGGUCCCGCAACAUGAUCCUCCACCGCAACUGCCCGAGCUGUUGCACAUUCGUCCUCGCUCGCGCGGACGGGAUGAUCAUGCGCAGGAUGAUCAGUACAGUCUAAACGAAAGAGGGCUCGGGUGGGGAUUUCCGACUACAUCGGAAAGCCAUCCAGUUGGGGGCGAUAUCGCAUCGGGUCCCCAGCGUUGGUGUAGAGAGAACCCAGACCCGGACGAGAACGCGGAUAAGCCUCUCGCAUUUCAGACCAGUCCCGCAUCGGACGACGACAGCCUGCCUGCACCUCCCUCGCCGCAUUCUCCCUCGGAAUCGACCCCUUCGUCCUUCGCCAUUCCGUCGCCCUAUACGGGAGGCAUAGCACUUCAUGCAUCGGUUGAGAUGGCUUCGACCUUCUUCCCUGUCCCGAGCAUACUCUCAGCUCACGGGAUCAGGCAGACGCCAAUGAAUCACUCUGCAACCUCGCACUCAGUAUCGUCGUCCCUUCCAUCGACUUACAGCUUUGCAGACUCUCCUGUCCUUCCCACCGACGCGAACACUGGACUUAGUCCAAGUCCACACCCUCCGCUGACUGCACCUCUAGCUAUCCCUGGGCCUUACUUGUCGCCAACCUCGACAGAUCUGGAUGCCUUUGCACGCGCAGCUGCGGCUGCAGCGUCUGCAACGAGUUCUUCUUUGUCCCUACCCUCCAUCGGUCCCUCUAACGUUGGGCCUGAUGAGUCCUGCGACGAGGUCCCUUUGCGUGGACGCGCAUAUACCGCUGGGUCAGGGGCGCCCAGCCCCGCUCUCGCUGUCACUGAAUGUUCCAGUCCAGAACCCACACCGAGUGAGAGUGACGAACCUCCUGCGUUCUCGGCGCAAAGACGCGACCGCGACCCCACGUGUCUGCCCCGCAUAAUGGCCACGGACAGCAUACAGGGGACCGCUAGAGCUCGUAGGCGGAGCGAACCUGCAUUCAGUGCUCCUUACGACCCGGUCAUCCCGGUCAUAUCAGAUCGGACGAUCAGCAGUCGCGUAGACGUUGGACACGACCAGGCAUUACGUACCGGAGGAUUUGAUCGGGAGCGGCCCGUAAAACUCCUUGUCUUCGGGCGCAUGAAAAGGAUUGGUGGCAAAAUAUUGAGUCUGUUGUCAGGUGGCAAGGCUAGCGGAGGAAAAGCGACUGGCGGACGCCAAAAAUCGGUCGAAAGCGACUUGGGUGGAGUGCGCAGGAUGACCACGACCUCCGUUACGAAGGUAGAAUACAAAUCGGAACAUCCUAUACCUGUUCCAGAGACUCCCGCUCGCAACCCUCGCGUCUCGCGGCGCUCGCUCGCAAUGCCAAUCCCUGUUACUAUCUCUCCUACCCAUCCGCCACGGACGCCUCAGAGAAGCUCAUUUCUUCCAAUUGAGGACGAACAUGCAAGUCGAUCCUUAUUGUCAAGGCCAUUCCGCAGUCGAGCGGGCACCCAGGUACAUCCGUCGGCGGAGGCCGACGUCGAUGCUGGGAUGAACAUCAUGCCCGUCAUCGACACUACGCCAUACCAUCGUGUUAUCCGGGCGCGCACGCAGACAGCCCCUGCAGUCACCAUGAACGCACCAUCUCCGUUCAUGCGCGAGGAUGCCCCAGACGCUAUAAAGCGGCGUCGGUUCUCCCUGUCGUCUGCAUUGUCCAAGUCGCGGAUGGAAACACUGAAGGCGACGGUAGUACCGCACCCCCCAGUCCCCAACUUCCCUCGGUCGACUCUUGUAGAUCCCAUUGUGAGGAGUACCAUCGACAGGCCAGUGCGGCCAGUGAGCAUGAUCUCCGGAGCCGGACUCGACGCGAGGCAAAGUGAGGGGAACAUCCGCGCCGCCGCGCUCAAGGAUGGUGCGAAGCAGGGAAGACGGAAGAGCAAGAGACCAGUCAGCAUGGGGACUGGCGGUCGUUUUAGCAGACACGCCAUCUCCGAAUCCCUAACUCGUCGCACUGUUCCGACAGCAAUGGGUAGUAGUGGCGCUUCACGCGAGGGCAGGACGAAAGGGUCAUCGAAACCGACGACCAUGUUACUGGGACAGGACCCCUCGGUGAGGCAGAAUUGGGUCGAAGCAUAUGGGCCACGGAUCAAAGUCUACCGGGCUCCAGAAAGCGAAAAGGAAAACGAUGCAGUAGAAACCGAUGCACCAUCCAUGACUCCGAGGACUCAUGCUCUCCGCACGCUGGAACAUGGUCGCUCUCCGCCUACAUCAAGGAAAUCAGAGCGAACAUCUCCUAAUCUCUCCAACGCCGUUAAGCUUCCUGAUAACGCGACCGAAUCGCCUGAAUCAUCCAAGGAUGGCAAGACAUCUCGCAGGUUUUCUCUUUCAUCUGCAAUCUCCAAACGCGCGUUGCGUGCGCGGAGCAUGAUUGUUUCCGUCAGCAAGCGGACCAGCGACAUGGACUCUGCCAUCGAACCCCAAAUUCCAAUCACGCCCCCUGGGCGUCGCGCACGCGGCGGGACAUUCAGUACGAUCGUCGAUGCUGGCGUGCGGUUUGACAUGCUGACGCCUGGUUUGGAAAAUUCUCCGUCUCAAGCUGUCGGUCAAAAUGGCGUGCCAGGCCUCUCGAUGAACCCGGACGAUGUUAUGACAGAGUCCGAGGACGAAUAUGCCCCUGCCGAGUCGGAACUAGACAGUAUGAGCUUUGCGCAUACCGCGACAAUGCAAGACAGCGAUUUCGGCAGUUUGUUCGAGCGAUAUGCGGAUGUGGAGUCUUCGCACGCUGGAUCAGUACUCGCGGACUCCCAGAAUGACCACGAGGUUGGUCUUGAAGAGAAUGUACCGAUCGCAAAUCCUAUCACGACCAGCGGGCUUGGAGAACCGUUUGGAGGCAGUCUUCCGGUGAUGAAGCGGCUCGAGCUGAGCCCGGCCCUCAGCUCUGGCCAGGAGUCAUCUGUAGGUUCGGAUGCGGACGAUCGAGCUGCGGAGGAAGAAGAGGAAGACCGGGGAUUCAUGCGCGCAUUAGGGCUCGACUUUAAUUGUGACCGUGAGCGAAUGGCCGAGGUUGGAUGUUAA